GGUGUGGCUCACUCCUGCCUAUCCAAGUUGCCCGCGAGCUGCGCCUAAAAGUUUGUAGUGUACGUUUCUGUAGCAGCCGUGAUUCCACCACCCUCCCGAAGAAGGGGGCUCUUUCGCCCGCCUCUGCCUUCUCUCUCUGUCUGUUCCCCCAUCCCGAUUCCCCCCUGCCUUUCAGCCCGAGGUGUGCCCCGUUUUCUGCUUUGCUUCUGGGGUUCGCGUUGCAGACGACCAACGCUAUGCCCCGGAAGAGUAUCGUGGAGGUAAAGGUGCUGGACGUGCAGAAGAGGCGAAUCCCCAACAAGCAUUAUGUGUACAUUAUCAAGGUCACUUGGUCCAAUGGCUCAACAGAGGCAAUUUAUCGACGCUACAGCAAGUUCUUUGAUCUGCAGAUGCAAAUGUUGGACAAAUUUCCAAUGGAAGGAGGACAGAAGGACCCUAAACAAAGGAUAAUUCCCUUUUUGCCAGGCAAAAUUCUCUUCCGCCGAAGCCACAUCCGUGAUGUUGCUAUUAAACGUCUUAUACCCAUUGAUGAAUAUUGUAAGGCUCUGAUCCAGCUGCCACCAUACAUCUCUCAGUGUGAUGAGGUUCUUCGGUUUUUUGAGACAAGGCCAGAGGACCUAAAUCCUCCUAAAGAUGAACCAAUUGGAAAGAAGCGAUCUGAUUUUCAAGUGCAGCUUAAGUUCUUCAGAGAAAAGCUGCAACUUUAUCUCCUACCAAAUAGCAGAGAGCACAGUAUUAAAGAAGAUGGGAAUGGAAUGUUCUUGGUGUGUUUGUAA